AUGCUACGGCAUGGCCUACUGGGCGGCCUGAAAUCGCAGUUUUACAGAGGCGAAGUCCGCGUAAAAUGGCGCUACCCUCGAUCGAGAGCUCCUUAAUCAACGGCAAAGCUUCGCCGGGGUCCAGAGGUACGCCCGUGUUACGAACAGCAUGUACAUAGUCAGUGUGAACGAUACCACCGUCUACGUACGUUUAUCUACCCUCGAAAUGUAUCCCUCGAGAGUCGAGUCGGAAACUCUUUCGCGCCACCUGCUAUAAUAAUUGCAAUCGACAGAGGCAAAGUGAAAACGUCGUCGAGGGAAAGCGUGAAAACUUCGAAGCCGAGAGAGUCGAAACAGAGGAGGAGGAUAGAACUUUUCCUCUGUCUGAGCCUGUUUCUCGUCUCGUCGUGUAACAUGGUCGUGUGUCGUCCCAUCGACAGUGCACAUCAGUAGACGCACCGCGUAUAACCUCUUCGCUGGUUUACAACUCAUCCAACCGAUAUGUGAUUUCGACUCGGCUAGAAAGCAUCGUUGAUCGUCAAGGAUGAGGAACGAUAUUACAGACAUGCAUACGGUGAACGCUGAUAGCAGCACGGACGCCAUAUGGCUCGAGAAAAGGAGUCCGUUGCAGACGGCACCCGAUCAAGUGUCACUCACUUUUGAUAAAGUAGUAGUUAAGCAAGAACUUCCCGAUGAGGCGGAGAUCCGAGAACUGGCUGCCAAAAUGGUGGAAGCAAACAAGGCGAAAAUGGUUACAGGAGUACCAGGGGCCCCACCACAACAAAGGCCCCCACAAUGUCUCCUUCCACAAUCAAAUCUUCCUGGUAUCCUGGGAUACUUGAAUAAACGACCAGCGGAUUCGUCAACUGCCGUAUCAACGAAGCCUCCUACGACGGAAGGCAAAGUACCGCCUGACGAUGAAAGCCAAAGAGGCCGAUUCGGAUGGACCAGUUUCGACGAUUGUCACAUACCUUAUAUAUUUCGCUCUGGCGAAAAGUAUUGUGCUGUACGAAUUUUAGAAUCUAAGUUGCUGAACAAGUACCUGAGUUACCUGCACUCGGAUAUCUACAGUUGUACGUGUAUAAGGAGUUACUAUAUAACGGAAGCGGAGAGUAAGCUGUUCACCGAUAUAAACGUUAAACACUGCGAGAAUCAGUUUGGAAGAGAUCCAUUCACGUGUAAAGACUUAGUGGUUCGACUUUCGGACGCAAAGGAGUUUUAUACGUUUUUGGACGUGUGUUACACGAAAUUAACGGCCGGGACGAAUCCAAACGUGUCAAAUGGGCAAAAAGCUGAUAAAUGUGGAUUCAUUCGGAUAAAUAAGGAAUCCGUUGUUCCUUACACGGUGAAGGACGGCCUUCAAUACGUCCCUCUCUUUUACUUCGAGGGCGAGACCGAGAAUCUCAAGUUGAAAGCGGAAAAGCUCGAGGGUUGGGACUUAUCGUAUUUAAAGUUUUGUUGCAAAGUACAGGGUAUUCGUAACGAACUGUUUGCCAGUGAAACAUGUUCAGUGAUUAGUUUGAAUGACAUUAAAAGUUAUUUCCCGCCGGGCACGGGGUUCGAAGAUUAUUGGCCGACGAAAGUGAUGGACUCUCAGUUGUUAGUGAAUAGCAAAGGUGGUGGUAGCGGUGGCGGCUGGACCAAACAACCCACACCGCCAGCGACCAAACCAGUUCCCGUGCAAAAUAGUGCGAAUAAAGCGACUGUUAACGCACGUGCUGCCCCUAUGCAUAACAUGCUACCACGUGGAUCUGUCGCAAACACAUCGCAAGUGCAGCAACGAGUCAGCCAACCUAGACCCGUUGCGACCACCCAUCCAGCACAUUCUUCGCCAACAGCACUAUCCUCAGGCAGGUCGAAUAUCGUCACACAGCCGAUGUUGAACACAGUGCAAAGUGUUAAUGGCUGGACAGGCCUCGUCGGUGGUCAACCCACCUUUCAAACGGCGGCGCUUGUUUCUCAACCUAGUUCUAUUGUGCGAAUGCCUUCGUCCCUAAACAUGCACAAUCAAAUAUCUACAGCACCAAAAAAUUAUUCCCAACAAUCUAGUAGGAGUAGAGGGGGUGGAGGUAGUGCAGCAGCUCAGUACCCUGGAGUUUAUCCAGUUACAACUAUGCAGAAUGUUGUUCAGGCCCAACCACCCCCUCUUGUCAGAGCAACAGUUCACUCCAAUCAACCUAAUCUCGGUUAUCCAACCUAUGGGAAGGAUGACUGGGUUACAUCAACAUAUACUACGCCUACUUUAGGUGUCCCAAAUGCUGUUACAGCAAGUACAUACCCUCAAAUGCUAGGUUUAAGCGAACAAGUACAAGCUCUGAUGCCGUCACCUACUCAGGUAUCUACGCUAUUACACCCACAAAGGCAUACACCAUCCGUGCAUAACACAUCUCAUGCGAAAUAUCCACCACCAUUAAUACCAGUUAAUGGUAGUAAUAAUAGUUCCAGGGAUUCAAGAGGCAGAAAGCCAUUGAUCCCAAUAUCAGAAACACAUAUAUCAACCUGUCAAGUUCAACCUUAUCAAAUUCAGAAAGCGCUUGUAGAAGACAAAAUGGUACCUUGUAUUAAUUUCAAGCCAUAUAUAUAUUCUGAAUUACUGAUGACGCUUCCUGACUUCGUCGCUCAGUAUUUUCCUAUCUGUGACAUUAAUAGCUGUCGGCAAGUCCUAACAGAUGUCUUGCAUAUAGACUUAUAUCAAGGAAAUAGGCUACAAAUGAAAAUGUUAAUGGAAGCAGGGAAGUGUUCAUCUUUAAACGAAGAACUACCAUUAAUACAAGUAAAAAGUAUUAUGAAAUACAUGCCUCAAUUGAAAUAUAUGUUUAAUAGAGGUGGUGAGAUGGUAAUGCCUGCACCUGCACAUUCUUCUGAGGAACACCCUGCCAAAAAACGUCAACGCACCAGCUAGGACUGGCUACAGCCUUACUGGCCUACUUAUGAUUACUAUCAUUCGGCAUUUUAAAAAAAGCCGUUUCCUUUACUCUAAUGUAACAAAUCAGCAUUAUUAUAUGCCCUGAAAAAACGUAAACCAGAUUAUUCUGUAUUGACGUCAUGUGCCAGAAAGAGUGCACGCAAAUGAAGAUUACCUUUUAUAAUACAAGGAAUCUGUGACAUACUGUGAGCUACUUCUUUCUCCAAAGUGUAUCUAUCGACGAAAGAAUACUUGUAAAUAAAACUGAGAUGUAUAAAACUAGUGUUGCACAGUUGGCAGUUUAGAUAUGCUUUUAUAUAUUAAGAUUAUUAAUACUUUUCUUUAAGAUUUUUCGUUUACAACUGGAGGUUGUCGAACGAACAAUAUAAAUACUGUGACUAUCACACACACACAAGACCAUUCCUUUCUUCUUUGUUUGUCCUCAUUUUAUUUUUCUACCUCUACUAUAAAGUAUCUUACGUAUAGUAUUUCUUUAUAAAUAAAAUGAAAGUUUUAAUAUUAAUGUGAUUCGGAGAAAGAAAGUGCCGCCAUGCGAUAACUCAUUAACAGAUGCGAAAUGCAAGAAGGUGGUUGUUUGAACUUGCUUAUAUUGCACGUUGAACGGAUAUCAAAAAGAUUUGGCAUUUGUAUAUUUAAAGAGACGGAGGUAAUGCUUCUUCAAGUUCCUAGUUAUUACUAAUAUGUAUCAUGAUAAUUGCUGAAAAAUAAUUUAAAACUGUUACUAAUUCACAACAAUGGUUUAACAUAAAUUGUGACGUAAGUUUACUGAAUCUUACUAGAGAAAAAGUAUUCUAAGUUUUGAAUCUUGGAAAACUCUAUUUUCUAAAGUUCACUUAUCAGAGACACCGUACACAGUGAUGCAAAUAAUUUUGUUCAAGUAUUGUCUGUGUAAAUAUCUAAGUCAAUAAAAAGAAAUGCAAUUUAGAAUAUCAUUAAAAAUAUGACACAUAUUAACAGUUGGUGAGAUAUCUACUACCAAUGUUUGUGAAGGCUUCAUAACUAUUUCAAAUGUGAAUACAAUCAUUUAAAGGAUGUAAUUGGCUUCUUUUAUUUUUUAUAAAAUGAACAAAGUAAUUAUUAAUUAUGUAGAAAGUUAUGUAAAAAAAAUACAAAUUUAUAUUACGUAAAGCAUAAAUUGUCUUAUUUUUUGUAUUAGCAAAUUUCAUGAUUAUUAUUUAUUAAAACAUAUUUCAUAAAGCGAACAUAAAUUAUUAAUAUAUAUAUAUAUAUAUGUAUAUAUAUAUUAAUUAAAUUAAUUAAAUACUAUAUAUAUAUAUAUAUAUAUAAAUAAUUAUAUAUAUAAUAUAUUUUAUAUAUGUAUAUGUAUAUAAAACAUUUAUUUAUAUGAAAACAAGUAUCGCAGAAAAAAAGUUUAGAAAACUUAAAAAUUGUUAAACGUAUAAAGCCACCUGAGAUGGUCUUCCGCUUUAAAAAUAAUGUAGGUACGGAAGUAAAAUUAUUUGAAAUAAUUAUGUAAUAUAAUUUCCGUUUACGUGCAUGUUUUUAAUUCGUUUAAUUAAAUGGAAGGUAACUAAGAAAAAUGAAUUGGAGUGUAAGUACGCUAUUUCUGCUGAUCCUGACUUUGAAAAAUAGAGGCUUAAAUUAAUAUUAUUGACUGAUUAACUUUCACAUUCGCUUUUACUAUUACAUGAAACAGAAAAAGCUAUGUAUAUGCAAAGAAAGAAACGUGUGUAUAUAUAUGUAUAUGUAUGAAAAUAAUUCUAGUGAUAAAUUAAUGUUGACCACUAUGGAUUUUCAUAUAAUAAAAAAGGCUUAGGCAUCCUGUUACGGUGGAAAUGGUAUAUUUUGUUAUUUAUAAAUUACACUUAGUCAUAUCACGAAUUCAAAGAUUCUAUUGCCAUUAAAAAGACUAUGUACCACGGACUGGUGUCUACUCUUUUCCAAUGUUAACGAGAAAGAUGAUAAAAAAAUAACCCAAGAAAUUCAUACACGAAAAGCAUGCAGUGAAAAACGUCUGUACAAUAUGUAAAAUAAUACAUUUAUUAUUUACGUUUUAUAACAUGUCGGGUUUUGAUUUUUGUAUUUUCGUAAAAAAAAACUUAUUGUUAGAAAGAGAAAAGGAAAUAUAAUUGCAAUUAGUAUCAUUUUAGCUCAUUUUAAUUUUAAGCGCAUGCAUCAUGGAUCCUUUAUUUAAUAAAUUAAGUACAAUAUGAACAAUGUUUCUUGUACUAAUAUGUUCGUGUUAUAUUGAGCGCUGUUAUAAAUAAAUAUUAAUUAUUUCUUAUGUAUGUAUAUAACUACGUGAGAACAAAAAUAUUAUUACAAAAAGAUGUAUGCCACUGAAGAGAAUACGAAUACAAACUGGUAAAUAAAUAUCUAAGUUGGAAGAA